GAAGUUGAGUCUGCCAUUACUCCUGGGCAGCGGCUUUCCUCUACUUUAUGCAGCGGCUAACUAGACCUUGCCAAUUUGUUCAAGAGCUGCAGCUUAUGAAGCUAAGAAAUCCCGUAGGCAGAAUCACUUCUUCAGAGUGCAAACACAAACCACACAAUCAAUGGCAAAACCUGCUUUUUCCUCCAAUGAUCGUCGUCUACUUCUUCUUGUUCUCAGUCUCAGUUUGAGUCUCAGUCCCAAUGGCUUAUUGGCAGUCUCCUUGGAAGAAUCAAAAGGUGCUGCUUAUGAUGCUUUCCUUCAUUGCCUGUCGAACCAAGCCAAUUCACCAAUUAAAGGCCAAGCAUCAUCAAACAUAUUGUUCGAUCGAGCCAAAAACACUUCGUACUACGCCUCCACUCUUCGAGCCUACAUUCGUAAUGCUCGCUUCAACACUUCCUCUACUCCAAAACCCUCCAUUAUUAUCACCCCUUUGCAAGAAUCCCAUGUCCAGGCUGCUGUAAUUUGCGCCAGAAGCAACUCGAUUCGACUCAGAAUCAGGAGUGGUGGCCAUGACUACGAAGGUAUUUCUUACACCUCUAGCGAACCCUUCAUCCUCCUCGAUCUUUUUAAUCUCAGAAGUAUCACUGUGGAUAUACAGAAAGAAAUUGCUGUGAUUCAAGUUGGCGCUACGCUUGGAGAAGUGUAUCAUAAGAUUUGGGAGAAGAGUGAAGUUCAUGGGUUUCCUUCGGGGCUUUGUCCAACUGUAGGUGUUGGUGGUCAUUUCAGUGGCGGAGGGUACGGCAAUAUGCUGAGAAAAUAUGGUCUAUCUGUUGAUCAUCUUGUCGAUGCUCAAAUUGUUGAUGUUAAUGGUAGAAUUCUCAAUAGAAAAUCAAUGGGGGAGGAUCUUUUCUGGGCUAUAAGAGGGGGUGGAGGAGCAAGUUAUGGAGUUAUUCUGUCAUACACAGUUAAGUUGGUUCAGGUACCACAAAUUGUUACUGUUUUCAGAAUUCAAAGGACUUUGGAAGAGAAUGCCACUGAUCUUGUUGUUCAAUGGCAGCAAGUUGCUCCUCAUACGGAUGAUAGGCUUUUCAUGAGAUUGCUCCUGCAGCCUGUGACUGUGAAGUCUGACUCUUCUAAAAACAAAACCGUCAGAGUUUCAGUUCUGGCUUCAUUUCUAGGGAGGGCUGAUGAACUUGUGAAGUUAUUGGGGAAGGAGUUUCCUGUAUUGGGUUUGAAGAAGCAAAAUUGUUUUGAAAUGAGUUGGAUUGAUUCAAUGAUAUGGUGGUUUGGAUUGGACAAUGACACCAAAGUAGAUAAGCUGCUCGAUAGAAAUCCUGACUCAGCAUGGUUCCUCAAAAGGAAAUCUGAUUAUGUGCAGACCCCAAUUCCCAGAGAUGGACUGGAAUAUAUAUGGGAGAAGAUGAUUGAAUUGGGGAAAACAGGUUUUGUUUUCAAUCCUUAUGGAGGAAAAAUGAACGAGAUUUCAUCUGAUGCAACACCUUUCCCUCAUCGUGCAGGGAAUUUGUACAAAAUUCAGUACUCUAUAAACUGGCAUGAGCCUGGAGAUGAAGCAGAGAAGUAUUACACAACACAGAUUAGAAGGCUAUACAGUUACAUGACACCUUUUGUGUCUAAGAAUCCAAGGAGGGCAUUCGUUAAUUACAGGGACCUUGACAUUGGUAUCAACAGUUUUGGUAAGAAUAGCUACGAAGAAGGGAAGGUUUAUGGAGUCAAGUACUUCCAUAACAAUUUUGAGAGGCUGGUGAAGAUUAAGACAGCAGUUGAUCCAGAAAACUUUUUCAGGAAUCAACAGAGUAUCCCUAUAAAUCCAAGUUUGAAGUCUGAUGCUGGUAAAAUUUUACACUCAAGCCUAUAUGUGACACUGAUGGUAAAGGUAUUAUGCUCACUUGUCUUCUCUUAGUUGACAUCAUUACCUUUAGUUAUAAGUGAUCUUAUUCUUUUUCAAGGGGGAUGACAAGUAAGGAUCUCAUAAGAUUAGUGUCAAAUCAAGAAUUUCUAAAAUCCUAACAUUGACAUUAAUAUUCUUAUAAGGUCUUUAUUUGUCAUUCUCCCAUCUUUUUUUUUUCAAUUUUUUUGUAUAUCUAACUUCUUUUCAAUUCUCUGUAAUUCUUUAAUUAUAAAUAUGCACAGCAACUUAGCUCGGUAUGAAAUUUCAGAACAAGAAACUGCAUAUAUUGUAUACAUUGAUAUUUCAUAGUCAAGUUAUAUAUAUAUAUAUAUAUAUAAUGUACUGAAAUGUUCACUUCCACAUUAGGUUUGAGGGCUGGCAAUCUUCUAAUUUGUGUUUUGUAGAAAAAAAGUGUAGAAUGGUGUUAAAGUUCUUAUUUUAUAUGUUAAAUUUUGUGCAUA